AUGGAGGGAUUUUCAGGGUCCUCUAUACCCAGUUCAUCUGCAUUACCGUGGCAAUCAGAGUCGGGUUUAUUCUCUAAACUCAAAACUGGACAAGCUAUUGACUAUAAACUUGCUGCAUUGAAGCAUAAAUAUACUAGGCUAGAGGCCCUGAAGCUAAGGAGUGCUAUGCUACAAGCCCAGCGAAACCAAGAACUAAGAGAUGGCAAAAAGAGUGAACUUCCAUCGGUUUUAUCCAAGGUCGUGACGGAGAAUAUCCCAACUAAUGAUCAGAUUAAUUUGAUUUUUUCAACAAGGAAGCAAAGAGAACCUGUCUUUUAUAAUUUUCUUGCUACGAUGGAAAAGAAAGACCGCGAACCUCAAAUUAGUGAAGCAAAACUAUCUAAGACCAAGAACCAGCAUGAAGUAGAAGAGGUCUCAACAGAAUUGAGGUUGGGUUAUGGUCCUAAUUGCAUCAACCAAAAGAGGAAAUCACCCGAAAACUUUGCUAGUAAUGUCUCUCUUUCGUCUCUAAAUUGUGAAAUAAGGAAAAGAAAGAAAGUUAAUGGCUAUGAAGUUGAAAAGGAAGAAAGUCAUAGGGGUGCUUCAAUGGACUGGAAGCUUGGCUUUGAGGAUACUUGGGUUAUAAGGAAGAGGAUUGAGGCAAGCAAUACUAACGGGCAAUGGGUGAGUCUCUUUUUGGAGACAGACUUGGUAAAGAAGCAUGUUUUGACUAAUUGCAAACAAAAAUAUAUUGAAGAUUUCAUAACCAAGUAUGGAGUGCAAGUGGUUUUUUGGGAUUUUGAUACCAAGUCUGAACAUCAAUUAAUCUUCAAACAGAGAACAAAUGGGAGCAAUGUCUUCAUUGAAGAUUGGACCAAGGAAUUUGUGAUAAGGAGGGAACUAAAAGAAGGUGAUGAGAUUGGACUUUUUUGGGAUCAAAGCAAUUCAAGAUUCAAUUUUAGCAUUCUCAAGCGAAAUUUCUGUAGAGAAUCUUCCCACAACUAGUUUUCUUAGACAAGCUCUUUGCGGAUUUUGGGUUACCUCCGGCAUGGCAGCUUUGAAGACAGUAACUAUUUCUUUUUUCUUUUUCUUUUUUGAGUAGAAGGUCGAAUAAGUGCUUAAAGAAAGGCCUAGAUGUGUAAUUUGACAUUAAAUAAUUUCAUCUUGAAAUACAUAAUAUUUUGUGAGAUA